GGCGAACGCAUUCGCACAGCAGCCGGCACAACGACUAAAACGUCGACACAGAGCCAACCUACACAACACACAAAACAACAACAAACACCAAACAAUCAGCAUCGAGCAGCAAGCAUCAAGAUCGCCUGAUGUCACAGCAAGCGGCAGCGACAGCAGCGCCUCGACGAAGACAAGCGUUGAUACGUGUGUGAGAUGCUUUUGAUCGACUUUAAAACAAACGUUACUCGACUUGAUGCUAAAUUAGUUUGGCUCUAAAUUUCAAUUGCGGCUAUUCUAACAUUUUAUAAGCUCGAUUCAGCUGUGACAGUCAUUGUUGUUAUUGUUAUUGUUUUAUUUAUAUUUGAUUUCAUGUUAUAUACCUGUUAUUGCUGUUGUUGUUGUGCGUUUUUUCGUUUUCGUCUUUUUUUAUGAGUAGAUGCUCUUAUUUGCGUAUUUUAUUGUACACGUCUUCAAAUUCGUCCGGCUAUUUUGGGACAAAAGUUAGAAAACUUCUUUCUUCUUCCAUGAAACUCGCAUUGUUGAUGCGCGGUGUGUGAGUAGCCGCUAUUGUUUGUGUAUGACCAUUUAGUAGUAUAUAAAGCUAUUGCGCAGCGCAUUUGGUUGCGCAGUUGUCGGCUUUGAACAGUCCCGAAAAAACGUUUGCACCGAUUUCGAGUACUGGUAGACAGGUCGACAGACAGGCCGAAACGCGAACCACUGAGUAAAAGACACAAGACUUAAGCGACAAACUUCAUUGAAAAGUCAUAAAUCAAAGCUCGAACUAAACUACAUAGAGCUUGUCGAGAGUACUGAGACCAUCGUUUGCCGUAAAAUGAUACGCUUUUGUGUGUUGCUAUUGGCGUUGCUGUGCGCUGGCGCAUGCGUGAUUAACGCCAGCCCUGUGCCAGAUUCCACACCCGCACCCGCACCAACAACAACAACCACACAGGCACACAGCGAUGUCGAUGUGCAGCUCGUUAACUAUUCCAAUGAUAAUAUCGGCGCUAAUGGCUAUAAUUUUGCCUUCGAGACCAGCGAUGGCGUGUCACGCAAGGAAACCGCUACCGUGAAACAUGCCGGCGCCAUUUCGGUCGAGGGCACCGUCAGCUGGACCGGUCCGGAUGGUGUGCAAUAUACACUCAAUUAUGUGGCGGAUGAGCAUGGUUUCCAGCCACAAGGCACACAUUUGCCGGUGGGUCCGGAGCCGGCGUCUUAAGUAUUGCUUUGUUUGCUUUUAGGUUAUGGCGUGUAUUGUGAUGUUAAAUUUUAGUUCAAUUGUAUUUUCUAAGCUCUAAUGUAGCGAUUGUUUGCAUGAGCUACUACAAGUACGAGUAUAUGUGGAUGUCUAGUCGUUGUUGAUAAUGUUAAUAAAUAGCGCUGCAUCGUA